UCAAGACAUUACCUAGUUUGUCUCAUGAUCAUCUUUCCUUCCGGGGGACGGGGGACUAUCUUAGGGUCAGGGAGAAUGCGGAAGCAGCAGGACUAGGAGCCUCCGUGAGACUUGGAGAACUGGAGCUGAAGGAGGAAUGGCAGGAUGAAGAGUUCCCCAGAUUGCUUCCUGAAGAGUCUGACUCUUCUGAAGACCCCGACGAUCCUAAAAGAGACUCACAGGCAGGUACCCCCAGCACUUUAGCCCUGUGUGGCCAGCGCCGCAUGCGUAAACGUCUUUCUGCCCCAGAGUUACGACUGAAUUUGACGAAGGGGCCUGGAGAUAAUGGUGUUUCUCCCAUCCACUCUGUACCUUCCUCUCCUGAUGACAGUACUGACCUGGAAAUAGACGAAUUGGAGACACCUUCAGACUCUGAGAAGCUGGACAGUGGACAUGAAUUUGAAUGGGAAGAUGAGCUACCCCAGGCAGAGGGCCUGGGGGCCAGUGAGGCAGCUGAAAGGCUGGGCCAGGGUUGUAUGUGGGAUGUGGCUGGAGAAGAUGGCCAUCGCUGGAGGGUUUUCCGGACAGGGCAGAGGGAGCAGCGAGUGGACAUGACUGUCAUUGAGCCCUAUAAGAAAGUCCUAUCUCAUGGAGGUUACCAUGGUGAGGGCCUCAAUGCUGUCAUCCUCUUUGCUUCCUGUUAUCUACCCAGAAGCAGCAUUCCCAACUAUACCUAUGUCAUGGAACACUUAUUUAGGUAUAUGGUGGGAACUCUGGAGCUGCUGGUAGCGGAAAAUUAUCUGCUUGUUCAUUUGAAUGGAGGCACAAGCAGGGCUCAAGUUCCACCUCUGAGCUGGAUACGCCAGUGUUACCGGACUCUGGAUCGGCGACUAAGGAAAAACCUGCGUGCCCUGGUGGUUGUCCAUGCUACGUGGUAUAUGAAGGCAUUCCUGGCACUGCUUCGGCCCUUCAUCAGUUCCAAGUUCACACGAAAAAUUCGUUUUCUGAACAGCCUGGGAGAACUAGGCCAACUCAUCUCCUUGGAUCAGGUUCACAUCCCAGAAGCUGUCAGACG